AUGGAGUUGACACUGAUUGCUCGUGUCAGAGAUGGACUUAUUUUGGCUACAUCAAUCGAAGGAAAUAAUGACCAAAGUGGCGACUCCAGUAUGGUGAAAUACUCCAACCAGGCAAAAAUGCUCUUCAAGAAGUUGAAUGGAGCUCCAGCCCAGCAAAGUGUGGAGAGUGGACCAUAUGUUUUCCACUAUGUCAUCAUCCAGAACAUCUGCGCAUUGGUGCUCUGUGAGCGCAGUUUCCCACGGAAAGCUGCAUUCCAGUAUUUGAACGACAUAGGAAAUGAAUUCUUGAAUUCAUACAGCACGAAAGUCGAGCAAGUCGUUCGUCCGUAUCAUUUCCUUGAUUUCGACAAAUACAUUCAACAAGCCAAGCAGAGAUAUGCGGAUACAAACAAGUACACAAUGAACGCCGUGUCAAAUGAGCUUCAAGACGUCACAAGAAUCAUGGUUACCAACAUUGAAGACGUCAUUCAUCGUGGAGAAGCUUUGAAUAUUCUGGAGAAUCGCGCAUCUGAAUUGUCUGGAAUGAGUAAGAAGUAUCGUGACGACGCAAAAGCGCUGAACAGAAGGUCGACAAUUUUCAAAGUGGCUGCUACAAUUGGAAUCGCUGGCUUCCUCUUUCUGGUUGCGCGUUUCUUCAUUUUCUAA